AAACAAAUUAGAGGAAAUUUGAGCAAUCAAACCACAACCAAGUGACUUUUGAACCUUCACAAAUGAAACAAUCUCUGACAAUAAAAGUUGCAUUGAUAGCAAAUCAUAUCUUGUUCUCCAAAGCAAAGAUCCCUGCAAGAAGCAACAGUUUUCACCCAACAUCGGGAAAUCACAUGUCAACCGACCUGAAUGUCAGAGAUCUCCAUUGGGCUUUGCAGACAAUCAGGUCAGCAAACAUGAACCUCCAAAACAUUUCCUUCUACCUGUCUCAGUCCACCUCAAGCUCUUCUUAUCAGGAAACAGAGAAUUCAGUAAGCAUCAACAUCUCUACAAGCAGUGACAGCAUUCAAUAUUUCUCUCAGCUUUUGGCUGAGCUUGCAGCACAGACUGAAAACUGCCAAAGACUAACGAAUUUGGCAUUUCAUGGUGUUGAAUGGGGGCAGAGCCAACUCCAAAAUCUCCAGACAUUACUAAAUAAGAAUUCAAGAAUUAAACAAGUUGAGUUCCAAAGAAACAUCUUCCGCAAGGAAGGUUUGUUCAAUCUGUCUGACAUGCUUGAAACAAAUAAUGGGAUCAAAGCACUUAUAUUCUCUGAGUGUCAGAUUGGAUCCACGGGGGCGAGGCUUCUUGGUUCUGCAUUAACAAAAAAUGACACACUGGAGGAGUUACAGAUAUGGGAGGACUCAAUCAAUUCAAAUGGAGCAGAAGAGCUUUCAAGAAUGAUUGAGGUGAACUCUACACUGAAGCUGUUGAUAAUAUUUGACAAGGAUUCCAUCACAGCAACCCCCCUCAUCUCUGCUGUACUAGCAAGGAGUCGGACCAUGGAAGUUCACAUAUGGGGUAGAGAUCAUGGUGACAAGAGCUCCAAAGUGGUCGAAUUCAUGCCAGAGACCAGCACGCUGAGAAUUUACCGACUCAACUCUUCGGGUUCUGUGAGAGUUGCAUGUGCUUUGGGGUGGAACACAACAGUAAGGACCCUAGACAUGACAGGCGUCCAACUGAAAUCAAAAUGGGCGAGGGAGUUUAGAGGAGUUCUGGAACAAAACAGGAGCCUCAAAGAUGUCAAAUUGUCAAGAACUUGCCUCAAAGACAAGGCAGUUGUGUACAUAGCUGCUGGGCUUUUCAAGAACCAGUUCUUAGAAAACUUGCACUUGGAUGGGAACUGGUUUGGUGGAGCUGGGGUAGAGCAUUUACUCUGCCCUUUGAGCAGGUUCUCUGCAAUGCAAAAUCAAGCAAAUACCACCCUGAAAUCACUUGUUUUUGGUGGAGGGAAAACAAAGAUCGGAAGAGAUGGUGUAGUAGCAAUCUUGCGGAUGCUGGAGACUAACCAGACAAUAGUCCAACUCGGUAUCUAUGAUGAUACAAGCUUGAAAUCAAAUGAUAUGGUAAAAAUAUUUAGGAGCCUAGAAAGGAAUGCUACUUUGCGAUGCCUGUCAUUGAGGGGAUGUAAAGGGGUUGAAGGGGAAUUAGUGUCACAGGUCAUAAUGGAAACAUUGCAGGUUAAUCCUUGGAUUGAAGAAAUUGAUCUCACCGCCACACCUUUGCAGAUUGCAGGGAAGAUCGAUAAGAUUUAUGAAAAACUAGGACAGAACGCAAGUGCGGUUCUAGAGAAAGACUUGCUCAAUGAUUUGCCAUUGACCAUGCCCACAUGCUGUAGAGUAUUCUUCUGUGGCCAAGAAUUUGCAGGAAAAACCACCCUCUGUAACUCCAUAUAUCAUAACAUGAAUGCUACAAAGCUACCUUACAUGGAUCAGUUCCGAACUUUAGUGAAUCCAGUUGAGCAAAUUGCUCGGACAGCAGAUAUCAAGAUAAAGACCAUCCAGGACGGCGACUUAAAAAUCUCAAUCUGGAAUCUUGCUCGGCAGCAUGAAAAUUACACAUUGCAUGACCUCAUGUUUCCAGGCCAUGGAAGUCCCUCGUUUUUCCUAAUAGUCUCCAGCUUGUUCCGAAAGCCCGCCAAUAGAGAACCAAAAAGACCAGAAGAGAUUGAAGAAGACCUCGUGUACUGGCUCAGGUUCAUAGUUUCAAACUCAAGAAGAGCAAUGUCACAAUCCAUGCUACCUCACAUCACCAUAGUUCUUACCCACUAUGACAAACUUUCCCAACCAUCAGAAGACUUGCACGCAACAGCAAAUUCCAUUCAAAGGGUCAGGGAGAGAUUCCAAGGGUUUGUGGAAUUCUACCCAACAGUUUUUACAGUAGAUGCAAGAUCAUCAGCAUCGGUAAGCAAACUCACACACCACCUGCGGAAGACCAGUAGAACAAUCCUUCAAAGAGUUCCCCCAGUCUACCAACUGUGCAAUGAUUUGAUAAAACUCUUAUCAGAAUGGAGGUCAGAAAAUUUCAAUAAACCAGUGAUGAAAUGGAAUGAGUUCUGUGAGUUGUGCCAGCUUAAAAUUCCAGCCUUAAGAAUCCGAUCAAGGCGUGAUAACAUUGACAAGGUGGAUAUGCGUAGACGUGCAGUAGCGAAUUCACUGCAUCAUGUGGGUGAGGUGAUUUUCUUCGAAGAUCUUGGAUUUCUUAUCUUGGACUGUGACUGGUUUUGCAGAGAGGUGCUUGGCCAGCUGAUAAAUUUAGAUGCAGGGAAGAUGGAGAAAACCAAAAAAAGUGGUUUUAUCAGCAAGAAAGAUCUGGAGAAAAUUCUAAGAGCGAGGUUGCAGAGUCAGAUUCCUCUGAUAGGUUCAAAAGGGUUUGAUAAUUUGGAGGCUAAUGAUCUCAUAAAGAUGAUGUUGAAACUAGAACUGUGCUAUGAACAAGAUCCCAGAGAUCAGAACACUCUUCUUCUGAUACCAUCAAUUCUUGAAGAAAGCAGAGGAAGAUCACAGAAGUGGCAAGUAAGUACUCUUGAAUGUGCUUUCGUGGGGAGACGUCUGGAAUGUGAUGAUUCAAGGCACAUGUUUCUGACAGCAGGAUUCUUUCCAAGGCUGCAGGUGCAACUCCACAACAAGAUUUUCAGAUCAAAGAACCAAUUAGGUGCCACUUACAGCCUAGAGGAAAACCUCAUCUCUAUAAUCAUCAACGGCAUCCAUGUCAGGGUGGAGCUUGGAGGGCAACUUAGCUACUACAUUGAUAUCCUUGCUUGCUCAACAAAGAAUGUUUCUGAAAUCUGGAAACUCUUCCGCCAGCUCAUAAUUCCAACAAUCCAGAAUCUUUGUCCUGCCAUCACCUUUAUAGAAAGUGUUAUCAGGCCAGACUCUGUCAAAUUUCUAAUCCCACCCAGAUUUCGAAAAUCUCAGUCUGUUCCUUUGCAACAGUUGAAACAGGCACUCCUUUCUAUGCCUGCAGACAGCAUGUAUGACUACCAGCACACAUGGAGUUCAGUAGUAGAUAAUAACAGACACAUUUUACAGUCAGGGUUUGAUUAUGCAAGAAAUCUACUUUCAGAUGAGGAUUUUCGAGAAGUACUGCAUCGGAGGUAUUAUGAUCUUCACCAUCUUGCCACUGAAUUGGCAGUGCCAUUCGAGAAUGCAGAUGAACCUCCGCCAGUGGUUAUAAAUGAGCCUGAACACAGAGUUGAACCCUCUCUCUCAGGCAUUGCAAAGGGUGUUGAACAGGUUCUGCAGAGGCUUAAGAUCAUAGAGCAGGAAAUCAAGGACCUGAAGCAGGAGAUACAAGGGCUGAGGUAUUACGAACAUCGCCUUCUGAUAGAACUUCACAGGAAAGUGGACUACCUGGUGAACUACAACACUCAAUUAGAAGAACGAAAAAUGCCCCAUAUGUUCUACUUUGUCCAGGCACAAAAUUAUUCUAAAAUGCUGGUUACAAGAUUAUUUUCUGGCAUGAGAGCACUUCGGUUGCAUAUGUUAUGCGAAUUCCGGGGAGAAAUGCAUGUUGUGGAUGACCAAAUUGGAUGUGAACUGGUGCAAGUAGACAACCAAGCUGUCCGGUGUCUACUUCCUUACAUGAAUAAAUUCAUGAAACUGCUGACUUUCGCUCUUAAAAUAGGAGCACAUUUUGCUGCAGGAAUGGGGGAAAUGAUACCUGAUCUAGCUAGGGAAGUUGCUCACAUGGUUGAUUCUUCUCUAAUUUAUGGGGCAGCAGCCUUGACUGCAGGUGCUGUAGGGGCUGCGGCACUUAGACAAGUUGGAGGAAGCAGAACCAGAAACAAGAGUGCAGAAAGUUCGCGAAAUAUCACACAAGAUAUGAAAACUGCUCGGCAAUGGCUAGUAGAUUUCUUGAGAGGUCAAAGAAUUACAUCUGGAAAAGAUAUAGCAGAGAGAUUUGGUUUAUGGAGAGUGAGGUAUAAGGAUAAUGGGUACAUUGCUUGGAUAUGUAGAAGACACAUUAUCAUGAGAGGAAAUGAAGUCAUUGAGGUACCGAUUUGAAAAAUCAGCAAUUUAAGAUUACACAUGUUUCCCAUGUAUGUGAAUACCAACACAUAGAAAUGUUUCAAUAUAAAAUAUAUAGCUUGGUACAUCCAAGACACAAGAUCCCAAUAUUGAUCUAUGUGAUGGUCAUGAUUCAAAGGAAUGUACAAGCAAAACAUAUGCAAGAAAUGAGAGUACUAAUAUAAAUAUGUUGCAUU